AAAGAGACUUAUGGUAGGCAUCGAAAGACUAUCACUAUCUACACCAUCGGGACACCCUCAAGCAGGUACAAAAUUUGAUUGCACACGCAAGCAACGCUUCAAUCGAAACUUGCUCUGCUUUUCUGCUCUCGCCUUGGCCUUUCCUGCGCCCGCCCAUCUUCUAUCAAACCGCAGUCACUGUCGAGGAUGAUCGACUUGGAAGAGACUCGUCUUCCAGAGCAGCAGCCGGCAGCGUCUGGGCAGCCCGGGGUUAAGAAGAUCGACUCGCUCUCGGUCCUCAACGGGAGAGAUGCUCUUUUUGGCUGGUGUGGCCGUCCAACCUUGCAGCUCUCAAUGCGCCGCUACCAUGUGUCAGGCCCACGCUUCGGGGAGCGUACCGGCGCCGUUCUAUGCCAGUCAUGAGCGAAGGAAAACGCACAGACAUCUCUGGAUGGUCCAUACCACGCUGGGAUUGACGGCGCAUGCGACUGGACGUCAACCUACACAUGACGGUAGCAUUCUCUACAUCAUCAUUCCCAGAACUGGAACCCUGGGGUGUUGCUCGCAAGCUGUAGGAAGCUGGCCGACUGUCUGGCAUAUGCGCUGGCUGAACCGCAGCGGGCAGAAGAGAACAGCCGGCUGCGCCCUCCAACUUGUGCUUCCGUGCGCCGGCUGCAUAUUUGGAUCUGGGGUUUUCCAAAGGGCCACUCAUUUGCUGGUUCAUCUCGUCUCCCCACCCCCCUACCGCUGCAACUCGUAACUUGUGAUGAGUUGCGUUGCACCUCGCAUCAGGUAGCCCGACAUGCUCCGUGCUUUUCUGCCGUGUAAC